AUGGACGACACGAAGCAGAGCGCCGGCAUCGCUCAUUCAGACUUGUCAGCAAAAUUACCGUCUGCUGUGACCAGAGAUGCUGCCCUCUUGUAUCUACAGGAGCACAAGACGGAGGACAACCAGUUUUUACAUCGCGAUGAAGCCUUCAUGAGGACGCUGAAGAGGAAGAUUGACUUGCGAGUCAUCCUGUUCUUGAUGUUCUGCUAUGUCAUGAACUUUUUGGACAAGAUUCUGCUCAACUAUGGCAAUGUCAUGGGUCUUGCCAAGUCUUUGCAUCUCAAAGGCAACAACUUUGCAGACGCUGGAUCUACUUUCUUCUUCGCCGUUCUUUGUUUCUCCAUACCCAAUGUCUUCCUGCUGCAGCGAAUCCCGGCUGCAAAAUUCCUCAGCUUCACCCUGUUUGCUUGGGGUAUCGCAACAGCAUGUGUCGCUGCUGCCAAAGGAUACAAUUCAUUAAUUGCAGCACGAGUCUUUUGUGGUACAUUCGAGUCCGGUAUUCCGCCUUCACUCAUGCUCAUGAGCAGUCAAUGGUACACUCGCCGGGAGCAGUCAUCGCGUUUCGCACUCUGGUACCUCGGCAUUGGUCUUGGUCAAGUGCUCGGUGGUCUGAUCUCCUGGGCCUUCCAACACGUUUCACCGAACGCCUCUAUCGAAAGCUGGAGACUUAUGUUCAUAGUCAUCGGAUUGAUCACCUUGGUAGUUGCAAUCACUAUCUUUUCGAUGGUCCCGGACACCCCAAUGGCUGCACGUUUCCUCACUCCCAAUGAGAAAGUUGCUCUACUAGAGCAUGUCAAGGAGAACCAGACCGGUAUUGAGAACACUCACUUUUCAUGGGCACAGAUUCUUGAGGCUCUUCUCGACCCUCAGGUCCUUGGACUUUUUGCCAUCAUCUUCCUGCAAGGUACUGGUGGAGGUGUCAUCACUACGUUCAGCGCAACAAUUAUCAAGUCCUACGGAUACACCAGUCGCAGAACUGCGCUCCUAAACAUGGGAUCUGGAGCAGUCACCAUGACUUCUACCUUGAUCUGUGGCUAUGGAGUUCGUGUCCUUGGCCAUCGCUGGUUCUUUAUCAUCCUGAUGACCAUUCCGUCUCUUAUAGGCGCAGCACUGAUGGCAUGGCUACCGCACUCUCAACAAUCAGGCGCAUUGGCAGGUGUCUAUCUUGUCAACACUUUCGUCGGCAGCACGCCCAUCAUCUAUCAAUGGCUCACAGCCAAUGUUGCGGGUCAUACAAAACGCACCUUUGCUUCUGUGUUGAUCAAUAUGGGCUUUGCGGCCGGCAACAUUAUUGGGCCGAAAACCUUCAGAGCUAAGGAUGCUCCUGAAUAUCACACUGCUAAAGUAUCCAUGGUUGCUACUCAAUCAGCCGUGGUCGUCGUCUGUUUGCUUUUGAUGGUGUUCUACUCUCUCAAAAACAUUCGCAGAGCGAAGGCUCAGUAUGCUGUUGGUGAGACCAGCGACAGUGUGGAGAUUGCGGACGAGAAAGCCUACGCCGGUCAGACUGAUGGUGUCAAUAAAGCAUUUGUAUAUGUGCUCUAG